AUGGCCUUGUUGGUCUUAUUGUCUUCGAAACGUCAGCGCGAAGACCGCAUCUCUGUCCCACAAACUCCUCUUCCCCUUCCGUUGCCAUUUUUGUUCCCCAUAACCGACACGCUAGCACCCUCCCCGUUGAAGCAGGCUUUGCUGUUUACCAGCGCCGGUGCUUCUCGUUUGGGCACUUGCGAUUGGCUUCACGAUACAAUCGAGCACGACACAAUGUCCGCAUUCGAGGCAUUCGAUCCCUUCAUAUCGUUGGACGAGGCGAACUGGAUGGACAAAUGGAGGGAAAUACUGUCCUUCGAGACGGCUGUCUCCACGGGUUUGCCCCGUCGCUGGCUGCAUUUGCGCUCGCGGAAGAUAGCCGCAACGACUGCUACUUGGAUUUCGCCGAAUCAGGAAAUGGCAGGAUCUUGUAUGUGCCCUCCGUUCUCCAACAACGCUGUCCCCUUUACUUCGUCCUAUUUCUAUCGCUUUCCCACUCUUCAAUCGACUCCGUUCAUGGCACAUAUCUUUUGA